AUGAUUCUCCCCUUCUCAACUCUCCUCAGCCUAUUGGCUGCCUUCUCUUCCCUCUCCACUCCAGCUCUCUCUUGCGCCCCGCCUCAAACUCGCGCUCAGUCCCCCGUGACAAUCGGCACAGACGGCCCCGCCGAUCCCACCACCGUCGGCUUCAACCUCAACCACAUUGCCAUCCAAGUCCGCAACCUCACCGCCAGCCGCGCGUUCUACGGCGACGUGCUAGGCCUCCGGCACAUCUUCACGUACGAAGCCUCGGCAGACUUCGCAAUCGUGUACAUGGGACACGCGCAAGGCGGGCGGAACGGGACCGGGUACCAGACCGGAGCGGAGAUGGCACGGGACCAGUGGAAUUCGGAGGGCUUGCUGGAGCUUGUGUGGUCGAGUGAAAAUAAGCAUAUUGACUCUGCUGUUUUUGGGUUUUCGCAUCUUGGCCUGAUUGUGCCGGAUAUCCAGGCUUUUCAGGAUCGGUUGAUUGCGAGGAAUAUUCAGGUGGAGAAGAAGGUUGGGGAAUUGCCUUCGAAGGAUUUUGGCGUUUAUUUUGGGCUCCAUGGGAAGGAUCCGGUGUUGCCAAAGGCGUUGGAGGAGCUGGUUGCGGCGUUUGUGUUUGUGAGGGAUCCGGAUGGGUAUUUGAUUGAGGUGCAGGUGCAGCAGUGAGGGAUAGAGUGGCAGGAUUCAGUAUGGAGAGGUCGUGGAGGGAUGUACCUAGGGUAUUGAAGUUAUGU